AUGACGAUUCAGCAAGUUGCUCGCUACGGGGACUGGACGUCCCCCAUCACGAUCGACGGUGUCGUCUCUGGAAGCAGAGCCAUAUCCACGCCACGCGUCGCCCCCAACUCUGGCCGCGCAUUCUACAGGGAGUCGACGCCAGACGGCCGAGGAACCCUCGUCGAGAUCGUCGACGACGGCAUCAAAGAGGUCCUGCCUGCCCCCUACAGCGUCACGAACCGCGUCUACGAGUAUGGUGCCUCCUUCUACGAUGUGCUGCCCGACGACCGCAUCAUCUUUUCGCACAGCGACGACUCGGUGUGCAUUCUGGACCCGGACACGCAGCACGUCACUGUCCUCGUAAAGAGUCCCGUGUUGCGUUACGCCAGCUUCAGCGCCCACCCGACUCUGCCAUGGGUGCUGGCCCUCGAGGAAGACCACACGCACGACACGCCCCUCGAGGUCCGGACCUACGUCGUGGCCAUCAACACCGACAAUGGCAAGGUCAAUCGCGUCGUCACGGGAUCCGAUUUCUACUACAUGCCGCGCUUCAGCCUCGACGGGCGGCAGCUCGCCUGGCUGCAGUGGGAUCACCCGGACAUGUGCUUUGACGCCGCCGAGCUCUACGUCGCAGACUGGGAAAGCGAAGUCGAAUCGAGUCGCAGGCUCAUCGCCGGCAGAGGCUAUGAGAGCGUGGCAGAGCCGCGCUGGGGCCGCGAUGGCUCCUUGUUCUUCGCCAAAGAGGCCGGUCCGUGGAGACAGCUGUUUCGACUUGCGCCAGGCGCCCAGGAGGCCGAGCACAUUUGCCUCAAGGGCUUGGAGGCUUCUGAAUUUGGGCGCAUGGGGCUGGAUGAGGGCUCCUGCACCUUUGUGCCUUUGUCCAACAACGCCCUUAUCGCGAGCGUCGGUCACGAUGGGAACCGAAGGCUCAUCACCGUCAACUUAAAGACCAAGGAGUGGCGCCAAAUUGCCGAUGACGACGAUGUUUGCCAGGUCGCUGGGGACGCCAUGGCUCGGCUCAGCAACACCUCGUUUCUGGUUGUCUCGAGUGGCACCGCGACGCCCACUUCCAUCCGCAAGUUUGACAUUGCACGGCCUCACGAGAACAAGGUCAUUCGCAAAGCCACCGACGAGUCGUACCCGUCUGCAUUCUACUCCAGGGGCGAGAACAUCACCAUACGGUCCAGGGGCUACCCCUCGAGACCGAUCCAUGCCUUUCUGUGGAUGCCGCGCAAUCCCAGCUUCACCGGCCCGGAGGGGCAUCUACCGCCGCUCAUCAUCAACGCCCAUGGCGGACCGACUAGCCGUGCGGGCAGCGGCCUGGACCUGCGUACGCAGUACUUCACGUCGCGCGGCUAUGCCUUCCUGGCGCUCAACUACACUGGUUCGACCGGCUACGGGCGCGAUUACCGAAACGCGCUCUUCAAUGGCGGCUGGGGCGUCCUCGACGCCGACGAUGCUGCCGAGUUUGCGCAGCACCUCUCCUCGGCUGGUCGCGUCAAGCCAGACGGCAUCGCAAUCACAGGCAUCUCCGCCGGCGGGUACAACACGCUGCAGGUGCUCACGAGGCACUCUUCGCUCUUCGCCGCGGGCUUGUGCGUCUCCGGCUUCAGCGAGCUGGAGCUGUUAGACCCCAAAACGCACAAGCUCGAGUUCGACUACACGGCCAAGCUGGUCCUCCCGCGGGGCGGCGUCGACGACGACACGAAGCGAAGGCUAUAUCGUGAGCGCAGUACCCUGUAUCACGCCGACAGCAUCAAGUCACCGCUGGUGCUGCUCCAUGGCAGGGAUGACUCCGUGGUACCGCUGGAACAGGCGACGUUCAUGGCAGACAAGAUGAAGGAAAUGGGCAAGGAUGUCGAGAUUGUGGUCGUUGACGACGAAGGACACAUGAUGGCCCAACCGCCAAGCGUGAAAUUCUGGCUAGAAGAGGAAGAGAAACUGUGGAGGAGAACGCUGCUGUAGGUGUGAAACUGGGGAUGAAAACUGACU